GCUCAAUUCGACGACAAAGAUGUGUGGAACUACGACACUGUUUCUGUUUGUUUUCGUUUGGUGUUCGAGUUCUGUUUCUUUUCUGCCUCAGAUAGUGUGGUCUGCGACGGUCGAGGACACCGGCGCGUAGACUUGUGCAUUCCAUAUGCAUAUAAAGAACCUUAUUUCUGUGCGAGGUUCAUCUUAUGCACUUGCAGAGACGACGCUUGGCGCUCGCCACUAAAUGCCGGCUGCACAAUCUGAAAAUAUUAAACAUUGUGUGCCGUCCUGCCGUUCUGUGCUGACAAUAAUUCCACGUCUUUUUUUCUUCUUUCACCCACUGGGCCAACGCGGCGAGUAGAAAAUAAACAGAUUUUAGAUUCAUCAAGUUUUUCACAAAAAAGAAAAGAGAUGGGAGAGUCGCUCGGCUUCAUGGCCCCCGGGCUGGUCACCGGGACCACGGUCUUUCUGAUCUUGGGCAUAAUCGGAGCCGUUGUGUCACAAUUGGUCGCACGGGAAACGCAAAACUGCACCAAAUCAGAGGCAAGGAUGAUCGGGGGCUCGGUUGUGGUGAUGUCAACCGUCUGCAUGUGGAUGUUGUACCAAAUUAUGUUAUAAUUUGGCGUUUUGAUUUUGUGCACUCGCGGUAGCAUUUAAAAACCAGAAAAUGUUGCUCCUUCUAUCUACGCAUGUGACACCACUGUUAACUUUUGAAAAUCAAAGUACAAAAAACUAAACAAAUACAUCAGCUGGGCCUUCACGUACAUGCACCAGAUGGUGCCGCUGAUCUAUCCCAUCCACACACCACCAACCACCGGCUAGAAAAAGGGUUUAUUUCGGAAACAGGUAUGAAUUUUUUUGGAGUGUAUUUUCAAGGCUGCUUUAGGGCGGUGUUAUGCAUGUACACAUUUGCAUUUCCAACAUCGAGUUGUGUGUGCGCAUGCUAAGAUUUAAGUUCAAAGCACUCCCGGACGACCCCUCCAUUAUUUUCUUGAAUCAUAAAAAAAAAGGUUGGAAGACGACGCGUUUUGCUUCCCGCUUUUUCGGCGUGGUCGGCGGUAACGACGAAUCGGGUGUCGUGCCUCCUGUUUUGGAAACCUCUUUUUGUUGACAUCAACGGUUGAAUAUGAAUGCAAAAAUGAAUUUCUACGUUCUUACUUCCUACAUUUUAUCUGCUUUUUGAAUCGCUGGCGCUGCUCGUUGCGACAGGACUUGGUACUAUAGAAAGGGCAAAACCUAGUACUCUGGUACGACUUCAGAAUAUAAAUCGUUCGACAGGACGAGUACUACCUUGUGGCCAGACCACGCGGCUCUGCAUCAGAAAAUCAGAAGUCCCAUCGUAAUUGUGCAGCGGAAGUAGAAAAAGACCAU